AUGAUUUAUUUAUUUCAACAUUAUCUUCCAUUUCUUUCUUUCUUUCUUUCUUUCUUUCUUUCUUUCUUUCCUUCUCGUACAUUCCUUUCAUUCUUUCUUUUACAUUUCUUUCUUUCUUUAUCAUCCAUUUCUUUCUUUCUUUUCCUUUUUUUUUCUUUCUUUAUCAUUCUUUCUUUCUCUUUGAUUCCUUUCUUUCUUUUCCAGUUCUUUCUUUCUUUUCAAUUUCUUUCUUUCUUUAUCAUCCAUUUCUUUCUUUCUUUUCCCUUUCUUUCUUUCUUUCUUUCUUUCUUUCUUUCUUUCUUUCUCUUUGAUUCCUUUCUUUCUUUUCCAGUUCUUUCUUUCUUUUCAAUUUCUUUCUUUCUUUUUUCUUCUUUUUUCUUUAUUUCUCUUCCUUUUAUUUCCUUUAUUCUUUCUUUAUUUCUUUCUUUCUCUUCCAUUUCUUUCUUUCUUUUACAUUUCUUUCUUUCUUUUCUAUUUCUUUCUUUUUUCUUCUGUUUUUCUUUCUUUCCCUUCCAUUUAUUUCCUUUAUUCUUUCUUUACUUGUUUCCUUCUCUUCCCUUUCUUUCUUUAUUUCUUUCUUUCAUUCAUUCUUUCUUUCUUUAUCUUCCAUUUCUUUCUUUCUCUUCCCUUUCUUUCUUUCUUUCUUUCUUUCUUUUACAUUUUUUCUUUUCUUUCUUUUAUCUUUUUUUUCUUUCUUUCUUUUUUCUUUCUUUUCUUUCUCUUCCUUUCUUACUUUUUUUUUUCUUUAUUCUUUCUUUCUUUCUUUUUUUCUUUCUCUUCCUUUCUUUCUUUCUUUUUUACAUUUCUUUUCUUUCAUUCAUUUCUUUUUACAUUUCUUUCUUUUAUUUCUUUCUUUUUCUUUUCUUUCAUUUCUUACUUUCUUUUUUCUUUUUUUAUUUCUUUCUUUCUUUAUUUUUUCUUUCUUUUUUCUUUCUUUUCUUUAUUUCUUCCAUUUUCUUUUUCUUCUUCCUGUUUCAUUUCUUUCUUUCUUUUACAUUUCUUUCUUUCUUUAUCUUCCAUUUCUUUCUUUCUCUUCCCUUCCUUUCUUUCUUUUACAUUUCUUUCUUUCCUUCUUUCUUUCUUUCUCUUCCAUUUCUUUCUUUCUUUUACAUUUCUUUCCUUCUUUUUUUCUUCUUUUUGACUUUUUUCCUCUUCCAUUUAUUUCCUUUAUUCUUUCUUUGUUUGUUACUUUAUCUUCCAUUUCUUUCUUUCUUUUCCCUUUCUUUCUUUCUUUCUUUCUUCUUUCUUUUUUUCUGUAUUUCUUUAUUUCUUUUCAUUUUCUUUCUUUCUUUCUCUUUACAUUUCUUUCUUUUUUUCCAUUUCUUUUCUUUCUUCCUUUUUUUUUCUUUUUCUUUCUUUUUCUUUCUUUCUUUUCUUUCUUCUUUUUCUUUCUUUCUGUUUUUUUUUCUUUCUUUCUUUCAUUUUUCUUUCUUUCUUUCUUUUUUUUUCUUUCUUUCUUUUUUCAUUUCUUUUUUUUUACAUUUCUUUUUUUUUUUUUUCUUUCCAUUUCUUUUCCAUUUCUUUUCCAUUUCUUUCUCUUCUAUUUCUUUCUUUCUUUCUUUCUUUCUUUCUUAUCAUCAUUCUUAUCGACAGUGCACCUGUCUUUUCUCGAACCACAUAAAACGCGCACUUGUUGACAAACUCCAGCCUGAGAGUUUGAACAAUACAGGAGAAAAAGAAGACUAA